GUUUCCAUGCGAGUUUUAGCGUGUCGGCCGCGAUGGGCUGUGAUUGGCUGGCCGGGUGACAUCACCCCGCCCCCUGAGGCUGUGUGCUGGUGACGUCGGGGAGAGAGCUCGUCCUUGUGAGUCUAUGAGUGUGAGAGAGUGUGAGGGGAGCCGGAGGCGCUGCGGAGAGUCGGGUCUGUUGCUGCCGCCACCCUGCGCUGAGGAUUUAGUAAUUCCCCCCGGGUUACUGAGUGACGUCCCCCUGGGUAAGGAGUCUCCACCCUCAGCUCUGCGUGCCGGGAUCAGCCCUCCGCCGUAUGCCAGAGCCUCCAUGGAACGACGACUGAGUAACGUCAUCCAGCCAGGUGGCCACUAGGACCCGGAGGUGAUGACGUGUCCUGGGAAGCGAGUGGUACGGCGAGUGUGGGAUUCGGCAGUGAAAAGCUCCAGGGUGGAAUGAAGGGGCGAUCGCUGGUCCAGUAGCGACGGGUUUCCGGAAACGUCUGGCAGAGGCUGAAGGAUGGAUGAUUCCGGGUGCUGCAGCAGCACCGCCGCCCCAGACCCAUCGAUGAGGUUCUCUACUGUGGACUACAUCAUCUUCGCCCUGCUGUUGGUCCUGUCCUCUGCUAUCGGCCUGUACUAUGCCCUCAGCGGCGGGAGGCAACGGACGACGCAGGAGUUCCUGCUGGCAAACCGCAGCAUGGGGUUCCUGCCCGUAGCCCUCUCCCUGCUGGCCACCUUCCAGUCAGCCGUGGCCAUCCUGGGAGUGCCGUCAGAGAUGUACCGCUUCGGCACGGAGUACUGGUUCCUAGGCUGCUCGUACAUCAUUGGACUGCUGAUUCCUGCUUACAUCUUCAUUCCCAUCUUCUACCGGCUGCGGCUCACCAGCACCUAUGAGUACCUGGAGCUGCGGUUCAGUAAAUCCGUGCGGAUCUGUGGCACCGUCACCUUUAUAUUCCAGAUGGUGAUCUAUAUGGGGGUGGUGUUGUAUGCGCCAGCGUUGGCCUUCAAUGCAGUAACAGGAUUCAGCCUCUGGGGGACAGUAUUGACCAUGGGAUUGGUCUGCACUCUGUACACUACACUGGGUGGUCUGAAGGCGGUUAUCUGGACUGAUGUCAUCCAGACCAUGGUGAUGUUUGCGGGGCAGCUUGCGGUGAUCAUUGUCGGCACCAUGAAGGUGGGCGGGAUGGGUGAAGUCUGGCGCGUGGCCCAGGAGAAUAACAAGAUCUCUGGAAUAAAUUUCAAUCCGGACCCGUUUACCCGUCAUUCCAUCUGGUCUCUCGGUAUCGGAGGCGUUUUCCUGAUGUUGUCGCUGUACGGGGUGAACCAGGCCCAGGUGCAACGCUACCUCAGCUCCCGCACAGAGAAGGCGGCCAUAUGGUCCUGUUACGCCGUGUUUCCCUGCCAGCAGUUGGUGCUGGCAUUGGGCUGCCUGACCGGGCUGGUGAUGUUUGCCUACUACCAGAUGAAUGAGAUCCGCAACCCGGAAAUAAUAUCCGUACCUGAUCAGUUGGUCCUGUACUUUGUUAUGGACAUUCUGCAGGACUUUCCUGGCCUCCCGGGGCUGUUUGUGGCCUGUCUCUUCAGCGGUGCGCUCAGCACCAUCUCCUCCGCGUUUAACUCUCUGGCCACGGUGACCAUGGAGGAUCUGAUCAAGCCCCACUUCCCGAACCUCCCGGAGUCCCGAGCGACGCUGCUCUGCAAAGCUCUCGCUCUUGGCUACGGUCUCCUCUGCCUUGGAAUGACCUAUUUAUCCUCUCUGAUGGGCUCCGUAUUGCAGGCAGCUCUGAGUAUUUUUGGCAUUGUCGGAGGACCCCUUCUAGGACUCUUCAGUCUCGGAUUCUUCUUUCCCUUCACCAAUUCCAUUGGUGCCAUCAGUGGCCUGGUAGCUGGACUCGUCAUGGCGUUUUGGAUCGGCAUUGGCAGUUUUGUCUCUCGGAUGCCAGCGGCCUUCUCCCCCCUGCUGAAUGUCACCAGUGCCCCAGAGGUCGGGAACCUCACCACUGCCAUAAUGACCACAGUGCUAACGUCCGGGGCCGCCGCUAAAAGCUUGACGGGCCUGCAGAGGUUCUACUCACUCUCCUAUAUGUGGUACAGCGCACACAACUCCACCACGGUCGUCAUAGUGGGGAUCAUCGUCAGCCUGCUCACAGGCCCUCUGAAGGGGAAGGACGUGGACCCCCGCACGGUGUACCUGGUUCUGCCCAAGCUUCUGUUCUUCCUGCCAGAGAGAUACAAGGAGAGGCUGAGAUUUGGGGUGGCACACCUAGAAGAGGUAGGAGAGCGUCAGAAGUCCAGGCUGUUGAAGGAUGAGCAAAACCUCCCGAAGCCCGUAGAAGCAGACAAGUCCUAUAACGGUUUCCUGAAUGGAGGUGUCAAAGGAACCCAGAAGGAGGAGAUGGAAGAGUGUUGUGCUGGAUUUUCUCGUUCCGAUGGUAGACACUCGUACGUUGUCCAUGAGACGUCUCUCUGAUGAAAUACACUGCGCUAGGGGUGCAGAGCUUCCGGCCGGUCCGUGUGAGGAGCCCGGAGGACCUGUUCCGAUGUGCUGCCUUCAGGAUCUUGGAGAACAAACUAGAGAUCGCUGUGUCUGCUAUGACCCUGCCUGUUCCAGCAGUCUGUGGCGUCCACCUUCCUGCGUUCUCCUCUCGCCACAUUGGUCUCCUGGAUCUGUAACGGUCUUAUGCCAGAGCCACCAAAGCCAGUUCUCGUGCCAGAAAAUGUCAUGUACCGUAAAUGACUUGUGUACGUACGUGUAUAGUGUCUAUUGGACUCCUUAAAGACUGAUCUCCCACCACUUGGCGUGAUGCUGGUCUCCAAAAUUGAUGACUGUGUCUUUCAUUGGAGGCUUUUGCAACAUUUGUGUGACCUAGAACUGUAACCCUAUCGUAUGGGGAUCUGGUUUGCCUUUACAGUCCAUUGCAGCACAUGAUGUAGGUACUGUGAUCAAAGUGUUGAUGAAUGAUGUUGCUGAUGUCCUUGAGCUGGUCUCAAGGUUUCCUGAAGUGUCUUGCGCACAGUGAGUAGCUACCCUCAUCACAGACAGCCGGGGGGCGCUACUGGCCAUCUUUACACUUUCCUCCCAUGGUUUAUAUUGAUCUCCCUACUGUUUCUAGACGCUGGUGUUCCAGAACGCUGUUUAUUGCAUCUACCGUAGUGAGCUGGUUUCCUUCUAUAUACAGUAUGAGUUAUUACGAAGCUGUCUCUGUGCUUGAGAUCACCAUUGGCCAAACUCUCUCUCUCCUCGCAGCAGAUCAUGUUUUCCAGAACACUUUUUAAAAUGUGACCGUUCGUAAAGAAUGCACCUGUGCACAAGGUAGGAGAGAGAUAAAAGCACCAGCCAAUCGGCUCCUAACGGCCAUGUGACGGGCUGUGAUUGAUAAGUGACAGCUAGGAGGUGGUUGCCUUGUACUUUAUCACUCUCCAAGGUUUUAUACAUUUCCCCGUAAGUCUUAUAGAGGCCACUGAGGACAUCCUUUGACCACCCCUGCUUUAGGUGACGUGAUAAGUGUCUCUGGCAGAGUCCAGACCACUGUGGUGUCCUUCACAAGGGGGUGAGGUGGGCCUGUUCUUCCCCCUGGUCUGUGGAGAUGGCACAGGUCUGAUGCCUAAAUGAACCAUACAUCAUUAUACGCUGCAGCUGUGGGUGGGAAGUGCUGCUCUCCUCUGUAACCCAAGUAUAGUUCUUUUGUAGAGUGACGUGACUUACAAUCCUAGUCCUUUAAUGACCCGGAACUUUAUGACGGCCUUCGAGGUCACCGUACAAAUUGAUGUAUGCUGAAUUUUCGCUUUACAGUUCUCGGACAUUAAUAACCUACCCCCAUAAUCGUAACGCAUUCUCUAUCAUAUAAUGAUGCUACCACUAGGGUGGUCAAUCCCGGGAUUUAGGCCAAAAAUCGUUGGGAUUGGAAGCUCCAAUCCCAGGGAUUUCGGGAUCAGGCAGACCCAUUGGUUUGUUUUGUUUUUUUUAAUGCCGGACAGCAUUGAUCGUCCUCAGAAGGCUCAGGCGCUGCCCAUCUCCCACCUCUCGGCUCCUCCUGCGCAGCGUGACGUAGCCAGCCGCCUGCCACCCGCCGCACGGAUCUCGCCAAAGGAAGUGAUCCAAGGUAUCAUGGUGAGUUGUGGGAGGGCUACACAGGAAACAAACCAAUCCCGGUAUUGAAAAAAUGGCCCAGGAUUGGCAACCCUAGCUACCACCCUUCCUUUUACUACACCAAAAUGUUUCCACCAAAGACGUAUGGUGGAGGCGGGUAUUCUGUAUGUUGGGGUGCACCCUGAACUACCUCCCAUGAGGCUUCGCGCACAUAUAUACUGUACCAAAAGCCUUUUAAAAUAAGUACUUUAGAUGGUGUGGGUUGUGUUUUACGUGCUAGGAGGGGGGCUACAUCGUAGGAGCAGCCACUACGUGUAGUGGACCUGUGUAACCAUCUGUGUAGUCCUUCCACCUUCUCAGGACCUCGGUGGCCGUUGCUGGGUCCGCCGGACUGUGUUUCUGGGUGGCUUCGCUUUCCCAGGGGCAUGAAGAGCUUGCAGCAGAUUGGGUGGCAGACAGUUGAAGUCUGUGCGAAUCCUGUGAUCCUGUUUAUAGAAUCUAAAGCAAUUUGUCACUUGGCCGAAUGUUGUGUCCUAUCCAUGAGCAGGUCAACCUAAAGGUGUCACCAGCGGGGAAUUUAGAUUAGAGACCGUCACUGUCUACGCCUGGUAACUCUUGUUUCUGUACUUGAAUUUGUGGCGUCUGCUGCUAGAAGUUUUUCUUUUCUCUUUGAAAUGGUGACCUGGCUGCUUCCAUUGAUCGCUCAUUACAGUAAGUAGGCUAAUUCAACGUAUGCGUUUUACGUCCUCAUCUUCCCCCAACUGACCGGCCUAUGUCGUCAUCUUUCCCCGACCGGCCUACGUCGUCAUCUUUCCCCGACUGACUGGCCUACGUCGUCAUCUUUCCCCGACUGACUGGCCUACGUCGUCAUCUUUCCCCGACUGACUGGCCUACGUCGUCAUCUUCCCCCGACUGACUGGCCUACGUCGUCAUCUUCCCCCGACUGACUGGCCUACGUCGUCAUCUUCCCCCGACUGACUGGCCUACGUCGUCAUCUUCCCCCGACUGACUGGCCUACGUCGUCAUCUUCCCCCGACUGACUGGCCUACGUCGUCAUCUUUCCCCGACGGACCGGCCUCCUCCGCGUGUUGUGAGUUGCACUUGGUGUUCUGCAAGCAGCGCGUUUUAUGAAACUGAACAAACACCUCAAUAAUAAUGUGAUGGGAAAGUCCCCGUACAGUUGUAAAUUGCUAUAUUUAUCUUCAUGUGAGCCGUGUCCCGGUUUGUGUUGCGAGUGUGGUGAUGACCUUACUGUGCGAGUAUACACUCUGUUUUGUGCCUUUAAUGUUUGUACGUCAUGUGUAAUGUACAUAAACAAAUACAAGGAUAUUUUCUAAUCUGAUAGUAAAUUAUUAAGUAAUAACUGAAUAGUGUUAAUAAUAUUCUGACGGGUUAUAUACUGGGAAUUUUGGAGAAUUGGCUUCGACCAAUUGGUGCAAAAUCUCCCCCAUUCACUUACUUAUUGGGGACAGCUCUCCAAACCAGUACACGCGGAAAGAUGCCAAAAUAUUGCACAAUCCCGAUUGCAUUUGAUUUUCUGAAUUAUAAAAAUGAUGCUACUCUGAUUGCUAUGUGUACAGCAGCUUCCUCCUGUACACCAGUUUCCAAAGAUAUCUCUCCCCUCCCCCUUAUUGCAGGUGUGUUCUCUCAGGAACGCACUGAAGCUGAAUUUAUUUAAACUUGUAUUUUUGGAGUGUCAAAUGAUUGCAGAGGGAAGGGGGGGGGGGGGGGGAUUUUACAGAGCUCAGAGGGACAUUCCAAAGCCUCUCUGCACACUACAUUGUGCACCAUCCGAUCGGGGUAGCCUCAUAACAAAGUACUGCUGCUUUAAGGCCAUAUCUGUUUCAGCAAUAUUUUUAUUAAGCUGUAACGAUGAGAAAAAUCUCGGGCAUUGCAACAGCUUAACAAGAUUUGGAUAACAUGCCCUAAUUAAGCUCUGGUAUAGAACAUACAGUGACUCUUGUACUGUUGCUACUUUAUCUGCCAAUUUGCACCAAAUCCUGCUGUCCGGCAUUCCUUUAUAGACUAAGAGGUGCAGAAAAUGUCAGUAAUCCUGUAAUAGUGUGUGCACCCACCACAGCCAGACCCCCCCUCUUCCACAGGGUCCCGGUUGCGUCCUUUCGUCCCUGGUCUUGCAGAGGGAGAGGUCAGGUGGAGUAUGGUGAGGACUAAUGCCCAAUUACAAAUUAUUGGCAGCACUUCAAACGCAAGCUAUUGCAUCUGUUUUGCUGUCAUUUGGAUUUUACAUCAUUCUGGCCAAGUGGUAAAAAUACUUGAAGAGAAAAUCCCAUGAAAAUUAGGAUUUUUAAUUUAAAGUUGUUUGGUUUUUUUUCUCCACUUAUUUGUGACGAAGACGGUGUAAUUAAACUUUUAAGAUCUUAUGAAGUUGACUCUCUGUAACAUGAUACGCACAAGGCUGCUUUAUAGCCAAAACCCCAUUUGUCUGCGCGUUUCACACAUCCGACCCAUGAAGCUGUUGCAGAGGAACAUUUACCAACUCUCCGUAAUAACAGAACGUGUGUACUUUGUGUGACCCAUGCUAUAACUGGAAAUCCUAUCCGUGAUCUCCGAACACGGGUGCCAAAUACGAUUCAUGUGCCUCUGCUCAGGUAACCAGCAGUGUUGUUCCGGUCAUGUGUAUUUGGCUCCUUUUUUUUUUUUCUGUACAUGGUGAUUUAACUCGACUGAAACGAAGUGGAAACGUUUUUUCCGUCUUGUCUUGCACUGGAAUCUGCCAAACGUAUAUAUUUGAAUAAGUAGAGUGUUGUAUAUUUAAAUGUUAUAUCCUUAAUUUAUGUAACGUCAUUCCAUGAUUUGUACAUGAUGACCUAAUUUGAAAAGUUUUCACAAUAAAGAUAAUGGAAAAACAA